AGUGAGCUAGACGUCUGAUGUACGGGUCAGGAGAAGAAGAACGUUCAGGUUCAUUUUGCAUUCUGAGAUGAGAAUCCGCCGAAAGAAGUUGAUGCAGCGGAAAAUGUCAUCUCCAUAAUCAGCAUUUGGAAUUCACGGAGUUUUGAGCUUGAUAUUCAACUUUUUCAUCAUCAUUGUCAAGGAUAUUCUUGUUAAAUAUUGAUGUAAUUUCGAGUGCCCCGAAAGAGGCAUGGUAGAGUUCACGGAAAAGUGAUGUUUGCCAAUGUUGAAUAAUAAUAUUCAUCUGGACAAAUACAGGAGUAUUUUGAGCAUCCGAGAAUUAAGUGAAACUCAUAAAUUCUUUUCCCCAUUUUCUUUCAAAUACGACAAGAAACCAAAGUAUUUGCUGCCAUGACGGCUCUCCAGCACAUUGUAAUUUUCUUCGCCCUCAUCCUCGGUGUUUCACGGCAUGACAGCCCGAUGCUGGUCUCCGCUCAGUUUGAGUUCGGAGCGGCGUUCGAAACCAACGAUGCAUCCAGCUCGCUCAGCUCCGUCGUCGCUCCCGACAAUACGGGGACGUUCGUGCUCGGUGGUGCGACGUCGACGGAGGGCGAUGGCGACCCAACCCCGAACCAGAUCAUAAAAGCCUUCUUGGACGAUUUCGACCAUCGUGCCGAUGGGGAGUUCCCCGGAUUAAUGGAGAAAAAAUGGACCUAUUAUACCAAUCUGACCGAGGAAAAUCGACAAAUAAAGGUUGAGGCUCAGAUUCGAAUCACUCGGUUUGAUUCCGAGGCCCGUCAGACGGCCCAGACCUAUUACCAUACCUACCCAUCUCAUCAGAUAUCGUACGAUAUCAGGCGCGAGCUCGAAGCCGUCGCCUCGACGUCGGGCUCGCCCAAGUACGUCAACGAAGUCACCCAAGAACUUGAAGAUGUGAAGUCUCGUAUGGAGCAGAGAUACCACACAGCUCAGGUCUGCAGGAAGAAACGUGGUAGGCGAGCACGGCAAGAAUGCCUGCCUCUAGAUCCAGAUUUGAAACGUGUAAUGGGUGAGAGUCGCGACGAUGAGGAGCUUCUCUGGGCGUGGCAGGGUUGGCGGAACGAGACAGGGGCUCCAAAUCGGGAUGACUUCCAACGGUUCGUAGAACUCAGCAACACUGUGGCGGAACAGAGCGGUUUUGACGAUCACGGGGACUUAUUGCGGAGAGAGUACAACAUGCCCCAUAUGGAAAACACCAUGUCGGACCUACUGACCGAUCUUCAGCCUCUGUAUAACAACCUCCAUGCAUUCAUCAGGAGGAGGUUGUAUGAUAUACAUGGACCCGAGGUCAUUGAUCUAGAUGGACCGAUUCCUUCACAUCUUCUUGGUGGUAUGUGGUCCCACUCGUGGUCGAAUCUAUUCGAUGUCGCCAAACCUUACGAUGUCGACGAUGAUGACCCCACUCAAUUCCUUCAAGAACAGAACUAUGACGUUCGAAGACUUUACGAGACCGCGGAGGAUUUCUACACUUCGAUGGGGUUUGAAGAGCUUCCCGAGUCCUUCUGGGAAAACUCUGUCUUCGGCAAACCCAAAGACGGUCGCAAUGUCUCAUGUGAGCCAACAUCGUGGGACUUCCACAAUCAAACAGAUUUCAGGGUUUCUACAUGCUCAUCGGAAGUGACCAUUGACGAACUCUCAAGGGCACAUAAUAUUCUUGGCCACACCCAAUACCAAAACUCCUACAGCCACCAUCCAAUCGCCUUCCGGGAACCAGCCAGUCCCGCGCUGUUCGAAGCCCUGGCUGAUCUGACGUCAUCUGAAGUCUUUAGCCCCGCCUACCUGAGGCAGCUUGGGCUCCCAUUGGACGAGCAGAAUGACGAGAAGAUACAACUUAAUGGUUUGAUGAGGACUGCGUUGGACUCUCUUGCGCUCUUGCCUUACGCAAGCGCAGUAGAUCAGUGGCGAUGGGGUGUGUUUAAUGGAUCCAUUCAACCCGAACAAUAUAAUUCAAAGUGGUGGAAACUCAGAUCGAAUUAUGAAGGUAUUGUGCCGCCAUUGGAGAGGACCGAAGCUGACUUCGACCCAGGCGCGGAGCUCAAUAUCAUCUCAGACAACUCUUAUGCAAAGCAUUUUCUUGGGCAGAUUAUGAAGUUUCAAUUCAUAAAAUCACUUUGUCAAGCGGCUGGGCAUACGGGACCGAUCCAAGAUUGUAACCUGUAUGGAAACAGAGUGGCAGGACAACUCAUUACCACCGCAAUGCAACUUGGGAAAACACGUUCAUGGACCGAGAUCUUCUACAUCUUGACGCAACAAUACGAUUUGGAUACGUCACCUUUCUUGGAAUAUUUCCAGCCGCUCAAUGAGUUUCUGGAGAGAGAGAAUCGAAGGAAUGGGGAUUCUACUGGCUGGGCACUGUCAGCAAGGAGAAGGCCCGACCAAACGCCUGGACGAACGGAGCCUAGUAAACCCAGUGACCGUAUGUAAUGAUGAGAUAAGCUAUGAUGAAUUUGAUCAUCAUGAUAGAAUAUAAACACAAGCGCAAAAACAUUCAUUGAUAAUCUUUGAAAAGACCUUGUGUUGUAAUACGGG